AUGGCGCAUUACGACUUGCCAGUUGACACAGUCCCUGGGACAGUCCACCUCGUGGACAUCGAACAUACCAUGCAUACCCGACAUGCUGGAUCCGGGGACAAAGACAUCGUGCUGGUGCCCACUCCCUCAAACGAUCCUGAUGAUCCCCUGAACUGGUCGCCUAAACGAAAACUCAUGUUGACCAUAACAGUCAAUGUCUACACCUUGGUGGUUGGCAUUGCUAAUUCUGUGGUCUAUUCGGUGCUUGUUCCACUUUCUGAAGCUUCUGGGGUGUCCAUCAGCACCUUGAACCAAGGCACGGGAUAUUUGUUUCUUCUCGCCGGCUGGGGGUUGCUUUUCUGGCAACCUUUCGCCUUGCGAUACGGCAAGCGUCUGACCUACCUCCUCUCCAUCUGCGGAACAAUCGGUUGCACAAUGUGGGGCCCAUAUGCCCGGGGCAAUGGGGUAUGGAUCGCGAAAAAUAUAUUGGGUGGUUUUUUUGCCUCACCGAUUGAAGCUCUUCCCGAGAUCUCUGUGACAGAUGUGUACUUUGCUCACCAGCGAGGAACGUACAUGGGCGUCUACGCUUUCUUCCUCGCUGGCAGCAAUUAUUUUGCGCCGGUGAUCUGUGGUUUCAUCGCCGAUGACCAAGGCUGGAAAUGGGUCUUCUAUUGGCCUACGAUGUUCCUGGGCGUGGCUCUGAUCUUUUGCUUCUUCUUCAUGGAAGAGACAAACUACACACGCUUAACGGUUGGAAUAGUCGAGACCGCGAGCGGCAGCCAAACGCCGCUCUCCGGUGCGAAAGGCGAGAAACCGACGGGAAAGACGCCAGAUGUUACGAACGAACCCGCCGUCAACGUCGAGAGCGGCAUCGUGGUCUAUGGUAGCAACAAAACAUACCUGCAAAGAAUGUCGUUGUGGCAGCCAUCUCCAGGGGAGAAUAUGUUGUCAAGAGCUAUUAGGUCGUUGAAGUACCUUGGCUGGCCCGUUAUCUUCUAUGCUGGGUUUAGCUAUGGCAGUUAUCUCAUCUGGUUCAAUGUACUGAAUGCAACCGCAAGCAUCAUUCUAGGAGGUGCGCCCUACAAUUUCAAAGCCUCCAUGGUUGGACUGUCAUAUGUCAGCACAUGCAUAGGCGUCAUCGUCGGAUGCUUCUUUACUGGUCGGUUCAGCGAUUGGCUCACGAUCAGGCUUGCGCGUCGCAACAAUGGCAUCAUGGAAGCUGAACACCGUCUCUGGCCUUUUGCGGCUUGCAUCAUUAUUGUUCCUGCAUCCCUCAUUCUGUGGGGCGUAGGCGCGGCGCAUCACGUCCAUUGGUUUGGCUUGAUCUUCGCCAUGGGCACUCUGGCCGGUUCGACCUGCUUCGGCAUAACUCUCAGCGUCAACUACCUCAUCGACACUUAUCAUGAGAUCAGCGCCGAUGCGAUGACCACAGUGAUUCUGGUUCGCAAUACCAUGUCUUUUGCCAUUGGCUACGGAAUUACCCCUUGGCUCGACAACCUUGGUUUGCAGAACUGCUUUAUUUCCGCUGCAUUCAUCGGCAUGGCAGCUUCGUCGGCGUUUUUGAUCAUGAUUUUCUGGGGCAAGACUUUCAGGGAACGUAGCCGUGUCAGGUACUGGAACUUGGUUGCGGAACUGAUGGCAAAGGGCAAUGUGGCCACUUGA